AUGAGGAGAAGCUUGUUCCGCCGACGGCCAGCGUCUGAAAAGCUUCGCAGAUUUGCUGUGGAGAGCAGCGGCUUUGUCGAUUGGCGGCUGGGUACAUCGGGGUUGUCCGGCAGGCUAGUGCCGUCUAUCAUUGCCUGGCUGGGAGUUGAGGUUACAUGUGAGGGUCCUCCUAAUAUUGAGUCCCGUCCAGUCAACCACGAGAUGACAGGGGACAACUGGUUGCGACUACCACACCACCUAUGGCGAGAUGCCAUUGGUUUGCAAUUGGUCACGCUUAUUGCCGGGUGGGCUACGGACACUCAUCGCAAUCCUAGCACCGCACAACAUACCUUCUCCCCUAGUGACUUCAACACUUACGAUAACCUACAUCGGAUCCAGGUCGCAACACCCGAUUCACUCAUAUAUUUGUGCAACUCAUGGAAUAGGGCUAUUAGCCGAGAUACGUCCUAG